CAGAACUUGAAUCAAGAGAUGGAAUUUCCAUUGCGAUGGAGGAUAUUGGCACUUCUCGUGUGUGGAACAUGAAGUAUAGGUUCUGGCCAAAUAAUAAAAGCAGAAUGUACCUUCUGGAAAACACAGGUGAUUUUGUCAGGGAAAAUGGACUUCAAGAAGGAGAUUUCAUUGUGAUAUAUGCUGACACCAAAUCUGGAAAAUUUAUGAUUCGUGGAGUGAAAGUGAGACAGAAUGGACCAAGAUCAGAAGGCAAGAAACCAAUGGCAAGGAAAAGCAUUCGCCCUUCACCCGCUACUUUCCCUGGGAUUUAAUUAAGCCAUCCAACCAUCCGUGAUCAUAUAUGUCAAUUAAGUGGUACAAAUAAUAUUUGCAGCUAAAUAUAUACAAUUUCUGUAUUAUACAUAUAUGAUUUUGUAAACGGAUCCGAUCCCGUCCUGUUUCAUAUAUAUCUUGCAACUAGUCGAAGACUUAGCUAUACUACUAGGUAGUAGCAAGUAGGC